AUGAUAAUAGAGACAGAUAUAGACUCAACUGCUGAAAAGGAUAGUGAGGUAACCACCCAACGUAUAGAAAACGCCCAAGCAACGACCAGCCAAAAUGCCAUACCUGACAAUGAGGAAAACAACAACAAAAUGGAAACAGAAUCA